CAAUUCAACUCCUCCUCUUCUCACUUCCCAUAAAUUCACCGUUCUUUUCUUCUUUUUCCUACUCUUCACCUAACCAUUUCCCUCUCCAUCUGCAUCUCUUCUGGUUUAGAUUAAAUCUGUGUAUACUUGAGUUUGAGGAAUCAAAUCAGCGGAUCGAUCAGAUGGCAGCCAUGGCUCGGUAUCGUUUCUCAAUGCUGACGAGGCAAUUCCCCAACACGAGUGAGAGCCGCCGUCUCAAAUCACAAUCAGCAGAUGUUGUUUCAUUCUCUCUAAACCAACCAAUCCGCUUUCAGCACACCAAGAUUUCCAUUUCCAAACUUCAUAUUUCAUGCGCUGGAGGAGGCGAUGGAAACAACGGGGUUGGUCGCAGCGGUGGAGGUGGAGGAGAUGAUGAUUCCAACUCCAACUCCAACUCCAACUCCAACUCCAAGGAUAAUUCAUGGCAGGGUUUUGGCAUUCUGGGUCUUUUCCUAAGCGGAUGGAGAGACAGGGUUGCAGCAGAUCCCCAGUUCCUAUUCAAGGUUUUAAUGGAGGAGUUGGUGGGAGUAACUGCCUGUGUUCUUGGUGACAUGGCUUCUCGUCCUAAUUUUGGUCUUAAUGAGCUUGACUUCGUUUUCUCUACUCUUAUUGUCGGAUCCAUUUUGAAUUUUACUCUUAUGUACCUCUUAGCACCGACAGCCUCAGCUUCCUCUUCAAGUCUCCCUGCUAUAUUGGCAAAUUGUCCACAAAGUCACAUGUUUGAACCAGGUGCUUAUACAUUGGUGAACCGUUUUGGGACUUUCGUCUUCAAAGGGGCUGUGUUUGCUGCUGUGGGAUUUGCUGCCGGCCUUGUUGGAACUGCAAUCUCAAAUGGGUUGAUCAAGAUGAGGAAGAAAAUGGAUCCCAGUUUUGAAACACCCAACAAACCUCCACCAACCUUGUUGAAUGCCCUCACCUGGGCUACUCACAUGGGUUUUAGCAGCAAUUUGAGGUACCAAACCUUGAAUGGGAUUGAGUUUCUGUUGGCCAAGGGAGUUCCCCCCUUGGUAUUUAAGUCAUCAGUGGUGGUUUUGAGAUGCUUAAAUAACGUACUUGGAGGAAUGUCAUUUGUAAUAUUGGCAAGGAUGACAGGGUCACAGAGUGUUGAAGAGAAGCCAGCGAUGGUGGAGGUUGGAUCUGUUGCGGAUAAGGAGAAGUUGGUGGAUGGUGACAAUUUGGAGGCCGAUCAGUCGACUUUUAAUUGAUUUUCACUCUUUCUUUUUUCUUCCGCAUUUUCUCCGCCUCUGUCUAUAACUUGGAUGUAGUAUGUGAUCAUAAUACGUGUAAUAAGAUCCAAGAUGUAUCAGAGCUUGAUGCCA